UUACUGCCUUGCUCGCUACUCAAUAUAAACACAGCAAAAGAAACUUGCGAUUCUAGAGGAGAGAUAAACAAGUUAGAGAGAGAAAGAAGAUCGAUGGAGGAUUUGGUAUUGAAGAUGGUAUGUUCGACGGUGAUGGCGGCGGUGGUUUGCUUCGUUAUUCAUUUCUACAGAACAACGGUGGUGAAGUCACAGACGGUGAGGCGAAAACUCCGCGUUCAAGGAAUCAAAGGUCCUGCUCCUUCGUUUAUGUAUGGAAAUCUCUCAGAAAUGCAUCAGAUUCAGUUCAACGCAAUCAAACCGCAAUCUCAUUCUCAAAUCGUAGCUCAUGAUUACACCUGCUCCGUCUUCCCUUACUUCGAACACUGGAGAAAACAAUACGGUCUCAUAUACACAUAUUCAACAGGAUUCAGACAACAUUUGUAUAUUAACGACCCAGAACUUGUAAAAGAAAUGAAUCGGUCAACUAGUUUAGACUUGGGGAAGCCAACUUAUAUGACCAAAAGACUUGAACCCAUGCUCGGGAACGGCGUUAUUCGAUCCAACGGCCACGUUUGGUCUCAACAACGUAAAAUUAUUGCUCCUCAAUUUUUUAUGGAUAAGGUCAAGGGUAUGGUGGGACUGAUGGUGGAGUCAGCACAAGGUUUGGUGAGCAAAUGGGAGGGAUUAAUUGAAGCAGAAUGCGGUAUGGAAGCGGUGGAGAUUGAGAUUGAGAUUGACGAGGAGUUAAGAAGCCUCUCGGCUAAUAUGAUUGCAAGGGCUUGUUUUGGGACCUCUUUUUCUAAGGGCACUCAGAUUUUCUCCAAACUUAGAACUCUCCAAAAACUCCUUACCAACCAAAGCUUUCUUUUUGGUGUACCGGGUUUUGGGUUUUACGCUUACAAGAAUCGGAAAUCAAUGAGCAAGUUGGAAGGAGAAAUAGAGUCUUUAAUUUGGGAGACAGUGAAAGAACGAGAAAAGAAAUGCUUAGACAAAGAUUGUAUUGAAAAGGAUUUACUGCAGCAGUUGCUUGAAGAAGCAAUACUGAAUGAUACCAACAUUUCAUCACCCAAACGGUUCGUCGUUGACAAUUGCAAGAGUAUAUAUUUUGCAGGUCAUGAGUCUACUGCUACUGCUGCCACCUGGUGCUUGAUGCUCCUGGCUUUACAUCCUGAGUGGCAAUCUCGACUCAGAGAGGAGAUCAAUCAAGUUUGCAGUCAUGGAUUCGAUUCAGAUUCAUUAUCCAACUUGAAGAUGGUGGGUAUAGUGAUACAAGAGGCACUGAGGCUAUAUCCACCAGCAGCAUUUGUGUCAAGAGAAACACUCGAAGAUGUACAAAUCGGCAAAAUCAGAGUUCCAAAGGGUGUAUGCAUGUGGACAUUGAUUUCAACUUUGCAUAGAGAUCCAAAUAUAUGGGGCCCCGAUUCUAAUGAAUUUAGACCCGAAAGAUUUGCCCACGGAGUUUCUAAAGCCUGCAAAUUUGUUCAAGCUUAUAUCCCAUUUGGAGUCGGGACUCGUUUGUGUUUAGGCAAAAACUUUGCGAUGAUCCAGCUCAAGAUCGUUUUGUCUCUCAUUGUCUCCAAGUUUACAUUCACAUUAUCUCCUAAUUAUCACCAUUCUCCUACUUAUAGAAUGAUCGUCGAGCCUGAGCAUGGGGUGCAAAUUAUUUUCCGAAAAGUUUAAUUAGUAUAAUUAGAUUUUGAAAUAAAUUAAACACCAAAAGAGUGAUUGAAAUUAAACUUUUUAUCUAGCUAAUAAAUUGUGCAAAUAUAGCUACUAUGGUUGCGCGGUGCUGAAAGAUUGGAUUGGAUUUGGGUGA